AUGUUGAGACGUGAGAGCUCUUCAACCUCGCCUUCCGCCCCUGCGGUUUCUCAGUCGUCGGGAGAGGCUGCCUCCCAGGGUCCCCGCUACAAUUUCGGACUCCAGGAUGCUUCUCAGAGCCGCUCUUCGGGCCAGGCCUUCCCUGCGUCCACCCCGCCAGGCACGUCUGGAGUCGCCGGCGACAGGAGCAGCAGCAACAGCACCUUCCUCUGCCCUCCGAGCGCUGGGCCCGCUCAAGGUUCAUACUUUGGAAACAAAAGGUCUUAUGUGGAAACUGCAGUUGCAUCAAAUUUUACUUUUGGCACAAGCUCAUCCUCUGCACCAGAUACUAAGUAUCCUCAAGCACUUAAAACUCCAUUCCCUGCUGGAAAUCAGCAAAGACAAGGGUAUAAAACUUGGACACCGCAAGUAGGAUAUUCAGCUACAUCAUCCUCUGCAGUGUCUGCACAUACCCCAUCAGUUAUUGUAGCUGUUGUAGAAGGGAGAGGACUUGCCAGAGGUGAAAUAGGAAUGGCAAGUAUUGAUUUAAAAAGCCCACAGAUUAUAUUAUCUCAGUUUGCAGACAACACAACAUAUGCAAAGGUGAUCACUAAGCUCAAAAUUUUAUCACCUUUGGAAAUAAUAAUGUCAAAUACUGCUUGUGUUGUGGGGAAUUCAACCAAGUUAUUUACUCUGAUCACAGAAAAUUUCAAGAACGUUAAUUUUACUACUGUCCAAAGGAAAUACUUCAAUGAAACAAAAGGAUUAGAGUACAUUGAACAGUUUUGCACAGCAGAAUUCAGCACUGUCCUAAUGGAGGUUCAGUCCAAAUAUUACUGUCUUGCAGCUGUUGCAGCUUUGUUAAAAUAUGUUGAAUUUAUUCAAAAUUCAGUUUAUGCACCCAAAUCGCUGAAGAUUUGUUUCCAAGGUAGUGAACAGACAGCAAUGAUAGAUUCAUCAUCAGCCCAAAACCUUGAAUUGCUAGUUAAUAACCAAGACUGUAGGAAUAAUCACACACUCUUUGGUGUUCUGAAUUAUACUAAGACUCCUGGAGGGAGUAGAAGACUUCGUUCUAAUAUAUUAGAACCUCUAGUUGAUAUUGAAACCAUUAACAUGAGAUUAGAUUGUGUUCAAGAGCUACUUCAAGAUGAGGAACUCUUUUUUGGACUUCAAUCAGUUAUUUCAAGAUUUCUUGAUACAGAGCAGCUUCUUUCUGUUUUAGUACAAAUUCCAAAACAAGACACGGUUAAUGCAGCUGAAUCAAAGAUAACAAAUUUAAUAUACCUAAAACAUACCUUGGAACUUGUGGAUCCUCUAAAGAUUUCUCUGAAGAACUGUAACACACCUUUGUUAAGAGCAUAUUAUGGUUCCUUGGAAGAUAAAAGGUUUGGAAUCAUACUUGAAAAGAUUAAAACAGUAAUUAAUGAUGAUGCAAAACACAUGAAGGGAUGCCUGAACAUGAGGACUCAGAAGUGCUAUGCAGUGAGAUCUAAUAUAAAUGAAUUUCUUGACAUAGCUAGAAGAACAUAUACAGAGAUUGUUGAUGAUAUAGCAGGAAUGAUAUCGCAGCUGGCGGAAAAAUAUAAUCUUCCUUUAAGGACAAGUUUUAGUUCUGCUCGAGGAUUUUUCAUCCAAAUGACUAUAGAUUGCACAGCUCUACCCAAUGAUCAACUUCCUUCAGAAUUUAUCAAGAUUUCUAAAGUGAAAAAUUCUUACAGCUUUACAUCAACAGAUUUAAUUAAAAUGAAUGAAAGAUGCCAAGAAUCUUUGCGAGAGAUCUAUCACAUGACUUAUAUGAUAGUAUGCAAACUGUUGAGUGAGAUUUACGAGCAUAUUCAUUGCUUAUAUAAACUGUCUGACACUGUGUCAAUGCUCGAUAUGCUGCUUUCCUUUGCCCAUGCCUGCACUCUUUCUGACUAUGUUCGACCAGAGUUUACUGAUACUUUAGCAAUCAAACAGGGAUGGCAUCCCAUUCUUGAAAAAAUAUCUUUGGAAAAACCUGUUCCUAAUAAUACCUAUAUUACAGAAGGAAGUAAUUUUUUGAUCAUAACUGGACCAAAUAUGAGUGGCAAAUCUACAUAUUUAAAGCAAAUUGCUCUUUCUCAGAUUAUGGCCCAGAUUGGAUCUUAUGUUCCAGCAGAAUAUUCUUCCUUUAGAAUUGCUGAACAAAUCUUUACAAGAAUCAGCACUGAUGAUGAUAUUGAAACAAAUUCAUCAACAUUUAUGAAGGAAAUGAAAGAGAUAGCAUAUAUUCUACAUAAUGCUAAUGACAAAUCACUCAUACUAAUUGAUGAACUUGGCAGAAGUACUAAUACAGAAGAAGGUAUUGGUAUAUGUUAUGCUGUGUGUGAAUAUCUGCUGAGCUUAAAGGCAUUUACAAUGUUUGCUACUCAUUUCCUGGAACUAUGCCAUAUAGAUGUCCUGUAUCCCAAUGUAGAAAACAUGCAUUUUGAAGUUCAACAUGUAAAGAAUGCCUCAAGAAAUAAAGAAGCAAUUUUGUAUACCUACAGACUUUCUAAGGGUCUCACAGAAGAAAAAAAUUAUGGCUUAAAAGCUGCAGAGGCAUCAUCACUUCCAUCAUCAAUUAUCCUGGAUGCCAGAGAAAUCACAAGACAAAUUGCAAGACAAAUUUUGCAAAACCAAAGGAGUACCCCUGAGAUGGAAAAACAGAGAGCUGUGUACCAUCUAGCCACGAGGCUUAUACAAACUGCUAGAAAUUCUCAGUUGAAUCCAGAGAGUUUACGAACAUAUUUACUUAAUCUGAGGAAGAAAUAUGAAGAAGAUUUUCUCACGCCUGACCAAGUUCCAGAAAAUACAGAAGAAUAA